AUGUCCGACACCGGUAGCUUCGAGGUCGUUCAGCACGACGAGGCGCCCAAGCCCGCCGUCACCUCGCCGAGCACAAAGUCCUCCACCUCGACUACCUCCUCCCUGAAGAAGCCCGCCUCGAGCUCUGGGACCAUUGCCGCUCGCCGCCCGACCACCUCGACCUCGAGCACCGGAAAGCCCGCGAGCACCACCUCCUCGACCACCUCGCGCAUCGCCGGCGGCCUGACCAAACCUCCCACCCGUCCCCCCACCAGCAGCUCCAGCACCGCCAGCAGCGCCGUCCGCAAGCCCGCAAGCACCUCGACCACAGCCACUCACCGCUCGCGACCCAGCGUGUCCGCCUCCGAGGACGAGUCCAAGAGAACCGCCCGCCGCACCUCGACCGCUCCCAGCAGCAGUGCCAGCACCGUCGGCUCGCCAAGCAGGGAGAGGAGGACUUCUACCCUGGGCGCCGCCACGGCCGCUGCCAGGAAACCCGCAAGCUCCACGAGCAGCUCGUCCGCUGCCGCCCCGCGGAUCUCCUCGACGACCUCGCGCACCCCGAACUCGGUCGCCCCGCGUCCCUCCUCGAUCAGCUCCCGCUCCUCGGCCGCCACAGGCGCCGUCGCCGAGGCCAAGAAGCGCCUGUCCACCGCCUCCACCUCAACCACCUCAUCCGCCGCUCCCAGACGAUCGAUCCGCCCCGAUUCGUCCGGCGCCUCCGAGGCUCUCGGCAAGGAGGUCGAAUCUCUCAAGGCCCAGCUUACCGAGAAGGAGUCGCAGCUCACGGAAAAGGAGUCACAACUGAACGAGCUCAAGACGCAGGUCCAGCAGACCCAGGACAAGCUCGCUCAGUACACCGACGGGGUGAACAGAGAUGCCGUUCAGGUGAGGAACGCCGUGUACAACAUCCAACAGGCCCACCAGGACCAGGUUUCCGAGUUGAAGGCUAAGCAGACGGAGCUCGAGAACCAGGUGGAUGAGGCUAAUGAACAUCUGAUGGCCACCGAUGCUGACUACGAGAAACAGCAGAGCGAGUACACUGAGGCUGUUGCCGCCAAGGAAGCCGCCGAGGCCGAACUCGCCUCGCUGAAGCAGUCCCUCGAGACCCUCCAAGCGGAGCACGAGGAGAAACUAAAGGAAAGCGAGCUCGCCCUGGCCAAGGCCUCGGAGGAGCACGCCGCCAAGCUCGAGGAGCUGCAGGGCUCCCUGACGGGCCAGCACAAGUCUGCCAUUGACGCUCUCGAGGCCAAGCACACCGAGGAGCUCAGCCAGGGCCAGUCCGCCUCGGCCGAUAACGAGGAGGCGCUGGCCAAGAUAAAGGACAGCCACGAGACCGCUAUCGCCGAUCUCCAGAAGAAAAUUGAUGACCUCACCGCCUCCCAGACCGAGCUUGAGGCCGCGCACGAGAGCAAGGUUACUGCCGAGGUUGAGUCGCAUAAAACCAAGCUCGCCGCUGUCGAGGGCGAGAUCGCCGAGCUCAAGACAAAGCUCGAGGUUGCCGAGAAGACGGCCGAGCAGGCCAAGGCUGACCUCGACGCCAAGACGGCUGAGCUGGCCGAGGUCCAGGCCAACGUCGCCGACCUGGAGAGCAAGCUUGCGGCUGCCGAGUCCGACGUGGCCAAGGCCAAGGAGGAAGCUCUCGAGUUCCAGAAGCAGAUUGACAGCAUCAAGGGAGAUAUUACCGCCAAGGACGAGGCCCUGGAAAAGGCCAAGGCGGAGCAUUCUGCCCAGGUCAAGAAGCACGAUGCCGAACUCAAGCAGAUUUCUCAGGACUACGAGGAGGAGAUUGAGUCUCUCAAGGGAGACGCCUUCUUCAAGCGCAAGUUCCAGGACCUCGAGGUCAAGCACAACGAGCUCGAGACCGAGCACGGCGACCUCAAGACGAAGCACGCCGAGCUAGAAUCGCUGCACAGUGACCUUAGCAGUAAGCACGGCGAGCUUGAGUCGAAGCACACCGAGCUUACCACCAAGCACGGCGAACUCGAGACCCAGCACGGCGACCUUUCCAAGAGCCUCGCCGACGGCACCGAGACGAGCACCAAGGCGCUGGAGGCGGCCAAGGCUGAGCUCGCCGCCGCCGUCGCUGCCCUGGAAGCUAGGGAAGCCGAACACCAAAAGGCCCUUGACGCCAUCCGCGCCAGCCACGCCGAGGAGCUGGAGGGCGCCAAGAGCGGAGCUUCUGCCGACAAGGACGCUCAGCUCGCCGAGCUCCAGAACCUGAAGGACAGCCACGCGAAGCAGCUCGAGAUUCUCAAGAGCGACAGCGAGGCCGGUCUUGCCAAGGAGCUCGAGGCUCUCAAGGCCUCCCACUCUGAAGUCAUUGAGGCCCUCAACGCAGAGACUGCUGGCAAUAAGGAGAAGCUGCUUGCCGAGAUUGCCGCUGAGAGGGAGAAGACCCUAGCCGAGAGCUCUGGCAACAAGGAGCAGCUUCUUGCUGCGCACAAGGAGGAGCUCGAGUCCAUCACCAAGAAGUUGCGUGCCAAUCACGAGACUGAGCUUGCGGAGGCCAAGGAGAAAUUGGCGGCUUCCCACCAGGCUGAGCUCGAGGAGGCCAAGGCCAAGCUUCAGCAGUCGCACCAGGCUGAGAUUGAGGACGCCAAGACGAAGCUUGCCGAGGCCCACCAAGCUGAGCUGGCCGCCGCGAAGCAGGCCGGCGACAGCGCCCAUACGGAGGAGCUCUCUACCCUCAAGCUUCAGCUCGACGAAGCCCUGACCCGUAUCCGCGAAACUGAGACAUCGAGCGCGGCUGCUCUUGCCGAGGCCAAGAGGAACCUCGACGACACGCACUCUGUCGAGGUCGAGAAGCUUAUAUCCAGCCACGCCGAGCAAUUGGAGGCACUGAAGCAGCAGAGCUCCUCUGGCGCCCAGGCUGAGCUCGAAGAGAUCAACAAGGCCCACUCCAAGGUCGUGGAGGAGCUGACGAGCCAGUACGAGGCCAGAAAUGAGUCGCUUGCCCAAGAGAUUGCCAAGAUUUCAGCCGAUGCGUCCAAACUCGAAUCUGCCCUCCAGGCUGCCAAGGCGUCCGUUGCCCAGGCGGAGGCUGACAAGACCAAGACUCGGGCCAGCACGGCCGAGCUCGAGGCUGCUCUCAAGGUGGCCAAGGAGUCCGUUGCCAAGGCCGAGGCCGAGACGGCCAAGCUUGAGGAAGAAUUGGGCGAGGUCGGUGCCAUGAUCUCGGUUGAAAAGAUGGCGCGUGCCGAGGCCGAGGCGGCCCUCGAUGCGGUCAAGAACAAGACGCCGGACACCGCUGAGGCGGACAACCUUCGUGAACAACUGAACAAUGUCAAGAAGGGUUUUGAGGAGGAGCUCACUGUGGUGCAGAAGAGCCUCAGCAUUGCCAAGCAGGAGGUUGAAGACGUCAAGGAGGACCUGCUGCUCGCGCAAAAGGAGCUCGAAGCAUCUCAGUUUGAGGCCGACAAGCAGCACAAGACGUACAAGGCCGACUACGAGGAGCUCAACGACACGAUGACCAAGAUUGUGGAGGAAGAGCAUGCCAAGCGCAGUGCGCUGGAGGAGCAGGUUGAGAGCCUGAGAAAGUCAUUGGCCGACAAGGAGAAGGGCGUCGAGGAGUUCCAGGCACAACUCAAGGUGAAGGAUGCCGAGAUCGCAGAGGCAAAGGCCAACGCAGCGGCUGCCAAGCCCAAGGGACUGUCAGCCAGCAGAUUUGCCGACGGCGACGAUGAAGAAGCGGUUGGUUCAGCGGCCAAGCCCGCGGAAGGUGAGGAAGAAGACCAUUCCUCCGAGGCACUGGCUGUGCUACAACGAGCUAGAGUCAACGCGAACCAGAUCCACAACAUGGACCGCGACAUGCAGGAGAAGAACCUCGCCAUGCUUGAGUCCAUUACGGAUUUCCAGCAAUCACCGCACCUCGACAACUAA